GCGCCCAAUGAGCUCUGAUCAGUCGUAUCUGCGCAAACAAGGAAUGAGAGAAACUUGACGCGAAUACGUAACAGUACAGCAGUGCUAUCCAACGUUCGAUGGAUUAAGGUAGAAUAGAUUUCGGAUUCUAAGUUUAUCGUAUCGUCCUAAAGCGAUACAACAAACUUAUCGCGAAGAAGAAUAACAAGAGAGAGAUUACCAGUCUAAAUCUUGCACCAGUAUAAAUAACACAGUGUAUGUACAUCUACGGACGAUGAGACAGCGGCAAAAUGGGAAAUUCCAAGUCGACCAGCGAGGAAAAUCUGCUGAGCUCCAGCGUAACAAGCUACGGAGGAGACUACUGGAGCGACGACAUGUCGGCGACUGUUCCAGAAUUGACAGUCAGACGACCGAUCUAUCAGCAGGACGAACUUAAUCACUUGUGUAAAUAUGUGAAACCCAAAAGAACCCUUAGAAAUGAAGUGUCAAGACGAUGCAAAAAUAUCAAGCCAAUUAAGCUUUUAAAAAGUUCAAUACCUCUAAUCGACUGGUUUUCUUCGUACGAUUGGAAGAACAAUAUUUUGGGAGAUAUUAUUGCCGGAAUUACUGUUGCUGUAAUGCAUAUUCCACAAGGUAUGGCGUACGCUAUUCUGGGCAAUGUUCCGCCAAUUGUUGGUAUAUACAUGGCUUUCUUUCCGGUUCUGGUGUAUUUUUUUCUCGGCACAUCCAGACACAACUCCAUGGGUACAUUCGCGCUCAUCUGCAUGAUGACUGGAAAAGUCGUUACCACAUACAGUACCAGUGCAAUUUCGGCAAAUAGCACGUCAACCGAGAACGGCACCUUCAUUUCCGACAUAAGCCAUCAAUACUCGCCGGUGGAGAUUGCAACUGCAGUCACAUUUACGGUUGCAGUUAUACAGUUAGGAAUGUACGUGCUGCGUUUGGGCAUAAUCUCGUCUCUCCUUGCGGACAGCCUCGUGAGUGGAUUCACGACUGCAGCGGCAUUGCACGUGUUUACAUCGCAAAUAAGGGAUCUCUUCGGGCUGAGCGACCUGCCACGACGCAAGGGUGCGUUCAAGCUUAUUCUCACUUAUGUAGAUAUUUUCAACAAUUUCAACGAUAUCAAUACAACAGCCGUAAUAUUAUCUUGCAUCACUAUCUUAGCACUUAUUUUCAAUAAUGAAGUUCUUAAGCCAAGAGUCUCAAAGUUAUGUUCCUUCCCAGUUCCUAUAGAAAUGCUUGCAGUAGUAGUUGGUACUGUGGUAUCAAUGCAAAUGAAUCUAGCGGAUACUUACGGCGUAGUAACUGUCGGCGAUAUACCGGUGGGAUUGCCAGUCCCAUCAAUACCACCGUUAUCGCUUAUACCUAACAUCUUAGUGGACAGUUUCGUGAUUACCAUGGUCGCUUACACAAUAUCGAUGUCUAUGGCAUUGAUUUUCGCGCAAAAGAUGGGUUAUGAAGUUGAUUCCAAUCAAGAAUUGAUAGCGCAAGGAUUAGGUAAUCUUGUAGGCUCCUUCUUUUCCUGCAUGCCUAUCACGGCUUCAUUAUCCAGAACGUUGAUUCAGCAAACUGUUGGCGGACACACACAGCUGGCAAGCUUGAUAUCAUGUGCAAUCCUAGUCAGCGUAUUACUAUGGAUCGGGCCAUUCUUUCAACCUCUGCCACGAUGUGUUCUAGCGAGCAUAAUCGUGGUGGCGUUGAAAGGGAUGUUGAUGAAGGUCACUGAAUUCGGGAAAUUCUGGAGACUGGACAAGACGGACGCCGGCAUUUGGGCCGUCACUUUUGUCAUCGUAGUUUUUUUCGACGUAGAAUACGGUUUAUUGGUCGGCGUGCUUCUCUGCGUCGUGCGAUUACUCGUCCUCGCAGUGCGUCCUUACACGUGCAAGCUCGCUCUUGCGCCCGGCACCGAACUCUACCUGGAUGCCAGGAGAUACAAAGGAACCGUAGAAAUUCCCGGUAUUAAAAUCUUCCAUUAUUCCGGCAGCCUGAACUUUGCGUCCAGGCAAUAUUUUUAUGAGGAAGUAUACAAGAUUGCGGAGUUAGUGCCUCGAAAAGAACUAAACAGACGUCUGAAAAUCUCAUGUAAUGGAGAGACGACGGAGGAAAUUAAAAAGUUACGCAUUCUCAUAUUGGAUUUCACCGCGUUGUCGCAUGUCGAUCUGGCAGGUGCGAAUGCGAUACGGAACAUCAUCGAUGAUUAUUGCAGCAUAGGAGUGUCUGUUCAUAUAACCGGUUGUUCCGGUCCAGUUUAUGAAACAAUGAAGAAAAGCAACAUAACCGAAUAUAACGAGAAUUUUUUCGCCAUGUUUCCCACCGUUGCCGACGCAGUUCAUUUUGCACUUUCUCACAACGAGGUGCCAUCGAUACCUACAUGGAAUACUAGGAUUCACGAUGAGAACUGCCUUAGUAGACUAUGAGACUUACAUAGCGUAUAUACAACGAAAAAGAAACGAAUAGUUUUUCUUUAUUAUCGCGAUUCUUAUUUAUAAACGUUAAUACAAAUUUAAGUACUGAUAUUUAGGUACAAGUUAAACUUGAACAAGAAAGGAGUAGAAUAUAAUAACAUAACUAAAUAAAUAAAAAUUAUUGACUAGCAAUAGCAAUAUUGCGAUUCAUUAUUAUAUUAGCAGAAGCUUAAUGUGGAACUUUAUAUAAAAAUUUACAAACAAAGAAGAAAUGAUAAUGUUUGAUGUCUCAUCGAAUAUCAUAUGAUAAUUAAAGUCAUCAAGAGAUAGAAUAACAAAUUAUAAAAUUCACAUAAGAAUUCUUCAUACGAAGAAUUCAUAUAAAACGAAGUUAACAUUAAUAAAUAAUAAAUAAU